AUGGCCGGCUACAGCGUGGAGGAGCGCGCUGCGCCUCACAGCCUGGAGUAUCGGCUCUUUUUCAAGGAUGCCGCCGGGCGCUACAUCUCCCCCUUCCAUGAUAUCCCCAUCUACGCAGACGCCGGCAAGAAUGUGUUCAACAUGGUCGUGGAAGUACCUCGAUGGACAAAUGCUAAGAUGGAGAUUGCAACAAAGGAUCCCUUAAACCCAAUUAAGCAAGACGUGAAGAAAGGAAAACUGCGCUAUGUAGCGAAUGUGUUUCCCCAUAAAGGUUAUAUUUGGAAUUACGGUGCUAUCCCACAGACUUGGGAAGACCCAGGUCACAAAGAUGAAAAUACUGGCUGCUGUGGAGAUAACGAUCCAAUUGAUGUGUGCGAAAUUGGAAGCAAGGUGUGCUCUCGAGGAGAAGUCAUCAAAGUGAAGGUGCUGGGCACACUGGCACUGAUUGAUGAGGGAGAGACAGACUGGAAGAUAAUUGCUAUCAAUGUUGAAGACCCUGAAGCGGACAGCUAUAAUAAUAUCAGUGAUGUCAGAAGGAUGAAACCUGGAUACUUAGAAGCUACGGUGGACUGGUUCAGAAGAUACAAAGUACCUGAUGGAAAGCCUGAAAACCAGUUUGCUUUUAAUGGCGAGUUUAAAGACAAGGAUUUUGCCGUGAACGUCAUCGAAAGCACUCACGAACACUGGAAAGCUUUAAUAGCGAAGAAAACUGACGGAGGAGGGAUCAACUGCACAAAUCUGACGGUGUCCGACAGCCCUUUCUGCUGUAGUCAAGAGUGUGCAAAAGCUACUGUGGAUGCAGUAA